AUGCUUACUCGGCGAAUUAUAGGCCUAUGUCUAAGGGCUUCACUCGCUCUAGCGGUUCCUAUCAUGUUUUGGAACGCGUUGACAAUCAUCACCGGCUCCACGCAUCCCAUAAUCGUGGUCAUCUCAGAGUCAAUGUCCCCGACCUUUAAUCGCGGCGACAUUCUAUUUCUAUGGAAUAGACAACCCUGGAUCCAAGUCGGCGAGAUUCCAGUUUGCUGGUUCAAGGGCCUACCGCUUCCAAUGGUCCACCGUGCUGUUCGAACGGUGGUUCUAGAUACCAUGAGACAAGGUAUUAUGACGAAGGGUGACAAUAACGUCGUGGACGACACGCUGCUCUACCCUGCUGGAAAGGAGUUUCUUGGUCGUGAAGAGAUCAUCGGGGUUGUCAAGGGAUCUGUUCCAUGGCUAGGUUGGGUGGCUAUAUUGCUGCAAGAUUAUCCCCAGAUUAUGCAGUUGGGAGGAGGUGCUUUACUGCUAGGGAUUGCUCUGUUCGCCUAA